AUGAGGAAUCAGGUGCUGCCAGAUCCUAUUAAAGUUCCACACAACAACAGAACUCCCAUCACAGUUCCCCUCAACAACAGAACUCUCAUACAGUUCAACAGAAUUCAACCUCAACAGAACUCUCAUCAAGUUCAACAGAACAGUUCCUCAACAACAGAACUCUCAUCAACAGUUCCCACACAACAACAGAACUCAUCAAAAGUUCCCCAACAACAGAACUCCAUCAAGUUCCACUCCAACAAACUCUCAUCAACAGUUCCACACAACAACAGAACUCAAAGUUCCCACUCAACAACAGAACUCCCAUCAACAGUUCCCCACAACAACAGAACUCCAUCAAAAGUUCCCACUCAACAACAGAACUCUCAUCAACAGUUCCCCACACAACAACAGAACUCUCAUCAACAGUUCCCACACAACAACAGAACUCCCAUCAACAGUUCCCCACACAACAACAGAACUCUCCUCAAUAGUUCCCAACAACAACAGAACUCCCAUCAAAAGUUCCCACCAACAACAGAACUCUCAUCAACAGUUCCCACACAACAACAGAACCCCAUCAACAGUUCCCACAACAACAGAACUCCCAUCAAAAGUUCCCACUCAACAACAGAACUCUCAUCAACAGUUCCCACACAACAACAGAACCUCAUCAACAGUUCCCACACAACAAACAGAACUCCCAUCAACAGUUCCCACACAACAACAGAACUCUCAUCAAUAGUUCCCACACAACAACAGAACUCCCCAUCAAAAGUUCCCACUCAACAGAACUCUCAUCAACAGUUCCCACACAACAACAGAACUCUCAUCAACAGUUCCCACACAACAACAGAACUCUCAUCAAAAGUUCCCACUCAACAACAGAACUCCCAUCAACAGUUCCCACACAACAACAGAACUCUCAUCAAUAGUUCCCACUCAACAACAGAACUCCCAUCAAAAGUUCCACUCAACAACAGAACUCCCAUCAAAGUCACCACCAACAGAACUCUCAUCAAAGUUCCCCAACAGAACUCUCAAUAG